AUGGCUAACCCAAGAGGGGAGUGCAAAGCCAUAACUCUAAGGAGUGGGAAGGCUGUAGAGGAAGGAACCACAAGCAAAGACAAUCAUGAAGAGUUUGCCUCAAAACAUAGAAAAGAGGAUGAAGGGGAGAUCCCAGCUUCACCUCUACCAAAACCAGUUUUGAAGCCUUAUGUGCCAAAAGCACCAUACCCACAAAGAUUAAGAAAAGAUGAGAAGGAUGGCCAGUUCUCUAAGAAAUGGGAGCUAGUCUUGAGAUUUCAUGAAGAGAAAAUGGUCUUCAACGUUUUUAAAGCAAUGAGUUACCCCAAGGAACCCAUAGGAGAAUGCAUGCUGGUAGACACCAUGGAACAGAUAGUCCAAGAAGUCAUGGAAGAAGAACAAUGUGAAGAGAACAGUGAGCUGGAGCAAGCACCUCCAGAUGGAAAACUACCACAAGCAACCAUGAGGAGCUCAAUCAUGCCAACUACCACAGACAACAAAGAUGCAGAGUCACCAAAACUAGAGCUGAAAGCCUUACCACCUAGCUUGAAGUAUGCAUAUCUGGGUGCUAACAACACUUACCCAGUGAUCAUAAAUUCAAGUCUGAGUAAGGAACAAGAAGGGGAACUUAUUCAAGUGCUGAGACAACACAAGGAUGCCAUAGGGUGGACACUUUCAGAUUUAAAGAAGAUCAGUCCUUCAAUGUGCAUGCACAAAAUCUUACUUGAAGAGGAUGCCAAACCCUCAAGACAGCAACAAAGGAGGCUGAACCCAACUAUGAAUGAAGUGGUUCAGAAAGAAGUUCUGAAAUUGUGGCAAGCAAGGGUGAUCUACCCCAUCUUGGACAGCCCUUGGGUAAGCUCGGUGCAAGUAGUUCCUAAGAAGGGAGGGAUCACUGUUGUGGCAAAUGAGAAGAAUGAACUGAUACCCACAAGAACAGUAACCAGAUGGCGUAUGUGCAUUGACUACUGA